AUGACUGGAAAAUUUCGGCACGAGUCACAACUUCUGGCCUGGGUUACAUGCAAGAUGUCGGUGGAACGCUGCCAUCUGAGCACGCUUGAUGUGUACGCAGAACUGAGACAAAAACUGCAAUGGCAAGCUGACCUCCGCAUGCUGCGAUUCGUAUGCAAGAUCUUCAAUCAAUCCUCAAGCUCUAUUUGGGCCCCCAGCGUAUGCAGAUGCAUAAUAUGUACAAAAUCUCAGCCACAGAUCUGGCGCCACAUCUCUGGGACCCCUGUGUCGCUAGAGCACCUCGCUUACGGCGGUGGCUUGGAGGGAUCCUUGAUUCUCGGCGAGGUUGGUCCCCCCGGCCCUCCCUGGCGCGCCUGCGCACUUGGAUCAGUUCUGGGCCCCGAUUUCGAGAUGCCUAGUCCUCAUUAUUGCCAAAUAUCAUACAUACCUGAUGUGUCACGGAGGUCGUUAAUUAUGCCAUUCCACCGCUUAACCAUAUUCCUCCUAGCUUAUUUUGGCAUGAUGGUUUUAGAGAAAAUAGUCGACACUCAGAUUGUCAAGCUGAUUUUGCAAGCUGCUUCAUAA